AUGGAUCACAAUGUCUUCUCUCUCCCCAUCCCUCCACUCUCUCCACACGAUGUCCUCCCAACUGAAGACAUCGACCUUGAAGAAGGCUCCGACGACUUGCUGUCCUUGCCAUCGGACAAAGCUGACUCUACGGCUGACCUCGAUGAGUUUGAAAGCUUGCUAGUUCUAGACGCAGCAAGUGAUGCCAGCAUGGCAGCUAACAGCUCGUCGUGCCGCGACUUACCGGCAGGCUCCUCUCGGGCACCUUCUCUUCAGAGCUCAUCUCCAUCCAUCAACGACGACUCAUCGUCCCCCGGUGGCAACUCCCCUCAGGACUCAGGAUCCGACCAGCCCUCGUCCUCCUCCCGCUGGACCCUCGACGCCCGCAUCCAGCACAGCGCCCUCUGCACCGGCAAGAAGCGCCUCACCUCUCAGCAGAAGACCGACAUCGUCAGGCUCUACUACUCCUCCGGGGAGACGUCCAAGCGCCGGCGGGCGGUCCAGCAGUGGGACCUGGCGAGGAUGUACGGGAAGAGCCGGUCGGCGAUCAGCCGGCUGCUGAAGCCAGAGACGGCAGCGAGGAUCAUGAGGAGAGCAGGAGGAGAGACGGGGGAGGAAGUAGGGGAGGUGCUGGCGAGGAUCGAGGCAGCGAAGAGAUGA